AAGGAAUAAAGCAAUCUUUGAAAAAUAUAUUUCCAGAUGCGUACCACUCUAGGUGUGUACUUCAUCUUGUUGAGAAUUAUAAAUUGAAGCUUAGAGAGAUGGGUUUUGCCUCAAGUGCGGCUCAACGUAUUUCAAAAUUAUUGGAGUUUGCUGCAUACAAGUACACAGAAAGAGAAUUUAAAGCUGUUUUACAUCAGAUUAGGAUGACAGAUCAAAGAGCUUACCAAGUAGCUCUAAGUUAUGGACCAAGUAAUUGGGCGAAUUCCGUAUUUCCUGGUAUAAGAUAUGGUCAUAUCACUUCCAACGUUGCUGAAUCUUUCAACAGUUGGAUUCGUGUGGCGAGAACACUUCCCAUUUGUGAUAUGAUGGAUCACAUUCGUGUACAAAUUAUGGAAAGAAUGAAUACUCGCCGCGUGAUGGCAACAAAUUGGAAUAGCUAUCUAUGUCCAGAAGCGGAAAAAAUCCUCCAAGAAAAUGUCACCAAGGGAAGCACUCUUGAAGUAUCGCAUUCUACAGCUGAAAUCUUUGAGGUAUCAUCACAAAAAUCAGUACAAGUUGAUUUGGAUCACAAAACAUGCACGUGUCGUGCAUGGGAUAUAUUGAGAAUACCAUGUAAACAUGCGUGUGCUGCUAUCAACUUUAUGCAUAGAGAUGUGUACCAGUUUUGCGAUUGGUUCAUGACGACUGAAGCUUUUAAGAAAAGUUACGAACCAAUUCUCUUUCCUGUUCCAAAUUAUGAUAAGCCAGAUGUAACGGAUGAAACAGUUAGCAUUCUUCCCCCAAAGACGACAAAGAGACGUGGAAGGAACAAGAAUAGACGUAUCAACAACAGAUCUGAGAAUAGACGUGCAAUUAGAUGCUCAAGAUGUCACGCUGAAGGACAUAACCGAGCCACAUGCACUGAACCUAUCCAAGAUUAACGUUUCCUGGCAGAUUGCGGACUCUUUUGUGAUUAUUUUCUGUUACAUGUUACUUUUGCCGUUUUGUUGUGACAUUUUGUACUUAUAUGUGACGUAUUACAUGUAAAUGAAAUUUAUUACAUUUUGGGCAACAUUAACUACUUAUAUGUGACAUAUCACCUGUUCGUGUGACGUAUUACCUGUUUAGACAUAUAGAUAAUUGCGCUAUUUUGUUGCGACAUUUACUAAUUUUGCCUUUAUGAUAUUCUGUGUGACAUAACAUCCCGUCCCUCGAGGACCCAACAACAUCCUGAUGGAAAAAUAUCAAACUGAGCAACAUAACAGCACUACUUAUAUGUGACAUAACAUUCUAUGUGACAUUAACAUCCUGAUGAAAAAAUACGCAUGUAGAAGACAAAAAAAACUCUAUAACCGAGCAUCAUAACAGCACCAAAAUCUCACACAGAAUAUCAAACUGUGACAUAAAAAGAGCAGAAGUCACACAGCAUUCUAAAAUGUCACACAGCAGACCCAAAAGUCAC